AGUGUACUGAUGUCACUACGCGGUUUAUCACAUGACAGCUUCGGAACACAUGAUUUCCAGACGUCAAUAUUUGGAUGUUACAUAGUUAAUUGCUUUAUUUAUGUUUAUAAGUGUGAUCUGAUAGAAUGACGGAUCUCUGGGAUCAGAGAGUAUCUGCCUUUCUACUGAGUCCAUCUCAGUUUUUGGCCACCACCACCACUGAGAGUUUCCUGCAUGAACUCCUGAACGAACUGCGGAAUGAUAAGACCAAUGAUCAAUUUAAGAUACUCCUUGUGUCUGUACUACUGGAGCAUCCAACCAUUCUCUGCCCUUCUGCCUCUGUGGGAGAGGAAACAGCCCUUGAACUCCUGUCAGUCUUCUCUCACACACCACAGAAAUCCAUCGUGCUCAAGUGCAAUGUCAUGCUGGCCAUCACCAGUGUGAUAAUAUGCACAUCCUGCCUGGCUACCCACACAAAGACGGCUGAAGACUGGCUUGACCUGCUAUUUCAGACGAUCCAGGACACCAAUGACUACAGAUGUGGUCUAUCCCAGCAGCCAAUAAGGGCCACCGCUUGUGAUUGUCUACGAGAAAUGGAAACCUGUAGCCCUGGCCUUAUUUCUCAAAAGUUAGAGGCCCUGUAUCUUCUAAAACAGCAAGAAACCACAGUUCUGCAUCAGUCCUACUGUUUGCUUUAUACACUCGGGCUGAAGAAUGCCAUAAGGAUCUUGACGAACCAAAAAGAUGUUACUGACCUAGAGUUUAAGAGUAUAUUAGGAGGAAAUGAAGGGUUUGCAUGGAAAAGCAAUCCGUUAGAAUUGACCUCGUUGCCAAUAAACAUGCUGGUGCAAGUCCCACGUUUGACACAAGGACUGGAAUGUAAAGAACUCAAAUCUAUAAUGUCUUCGCUCUUGGAGGAGUCUUACCUACUAACGCCUAUUUCCCAGUCUGCCCUACUUCGGGAGCUUGUAGAAGUUGUCGCCAUGGUCCCGGGACUCUCUCCGACACUAUUCAAAUCGCAGCUUCUGCGACUUUUUGGAACGGCAGAUGUUUCGCUCAUGCAUGCCACACUCUUUAUGAAGGAAAUGUUCACAGAUAGCCUUUUCACCACAGAGGACGAGAACUUCCUACUCAAGCGUCUCGUGGGCACGGCCCAGCAUCCGCUCCUAAGAAUUCCAGAAAAGCUCUUCUACAUGGAAUGCAUCCUGCACUUCCCUGAGAACCGGCCCAUAUCCAGCAGUGGAGAAGAGAGUUUACCCGUUCUGGUUACACCACGUCUGGCAGCGUCUCUUCAUCCAACCAUUUUCAAUGAUAGUGCAACUAUGCUCUGCAGGCUUAACCUUCUUUGUUUGGUGCACCUUGAAGCCAAUGAGGGCGAAACGGACAAAGGAAUUGGCUUCCUGAUUGAUCACAUAAUGGCCCUUUUGAAAAUCGUUGACAAUGAUGGUAGCAGAGAAGUAGUGGUGACCUCUUUCAGAGCGCUGUUUAUUUUUCUCAUUUACUUCAGUGGCAUGGAAGAACUCUCUAAGAAGAUAAUUGACAAAUUAUGCAACAUGUAUUCCAGACAUUCGCGACUCGCACCGAAUUUGAUUGGCCUUGCAGAUCGCAUCCAGGAGCAUCUGGAUGACCCAGUCUGGUCGGUCAAGUUGCUAAGAGGGCUUCAGAAAUGCAUUAUAGAAAUGCCUCCAUUGCAGUUGACGAUUCAUAAUUUGAGUUGGCACAUGAAAGUCUUGAAAAGAGUGGCUAAAGAGGGUCAGAUUACCCAGAGAAACACCAUUUACCUUCUUCUUAAUGUCCUCAUCAACUCCAACUUGUGUGAAAGAGGCAACUGGCAACUUGGAAACGCAGUUCUCAAUGUUUGUCGCAAUCUUUUGGAGCACCCCUCCAUUGAUCAAGUGUUUAUCGAGUUGGCUGAUCUUUUGCAAUACAUAUCAAUACAAUAUGACGAUACAGACAUUAAGGAUCACGCUCGCUUCUACUACACACUGCUAACCAACCUUUCGUGGGAAAAGCUUAUGGGGGUUCUUGCCAAAAGUCUUGAUGGAGGACGUGCCAAAGAGCGGUCGCAUUCUGCAAUUAUGGCCGAGAGCGAGGGGAUCGCCAGUAACCUGACUUUGCACAAAACUAACCGGCAUGUUUUACAACUCAUCAAGGUUCAAGAAAAAGCCACACAAAGCUCUUCUGAAAGCUCUUCAGAGUCAGUGGAGGCAACGAGCGAGGUUAGGGAUUGGUUUGAGGUUUAUCAAGGACAGUUUCAGACCCCUGGAUUCGGCUCUGAGGUCACCUUGAGGUACAAUUUGACUCAUGUGAAAGAAACCGAUCCUUUAUUUGAUAAAGUCUUUACAAUCUGUCUGCAUUUCGAACUGAAAGACUCAAACUAUGCAAAGGUAAGUGACAUACACGUACCAUGUGUGUUCAGAGAUAGAAAGUCACCUGAGGUCAAAGUCAAGCUCAAGCCCUCUCAACCAUACCCUACUAGUUUAUGCGUCAGUGCCAUGUUUACAACGCAAGACGGACGCUCUUGGCACAGCCGACUGCCUGAUGUGAGCGUCUCAUUCCCUGAGAUAUUCCUUCCUCUGCCUUUACCACCAAACUCAUCCUGUGAAUGUAGAGAACAAGUGUUCGAACGCAUCUGGGAGGCCACGGCCUCUGGGGAACCUGACAGAUCUGCCAUUAGUCUGUUCUGUUUUAAACUUGAAGAUGAAAGGCUUGCUGAUCUGAUCAGGACACAUUUUCAAGGUUUCCUUAUUACAGAUCAGCAAAGUGAAGGAUCGUGGAAAGUCUUGUUCUUUCUUCCACCCAAAUGCCAUAUGCUUUUGAAAAUUACACAGGCUGAGGACGCCGCUCGGGUCAGCAUUGCAACGGACAACUGGGAGCUGUUACCUUUUGUGAACUCUUACCUCCAAAACAUUACUGAUAAUUGUAGGUCAACAGUAACAGAUGGCUAAAUGGGUGCUUUGCAGUUGUUCAUUUAUAUAGGUAAUUUUAACCAAAUACUUUUUAAAAUAAAUUCAUUUUUUGAUAUAACACCAUUCAUUUUUGUAUAAUAAAAUCUCUAGACUAACAUGUUUAAUAAAGUGUCUAUAUAUAUAUAUAUAUAUAUAUGAUGAGCACAUAUGCUAUGUUGUUUCAUGUAACGCAAGUAGUGCUUUAUUAAAAGAAAAAUCAACUAAGGCACUGAAUAACUGAUUUAAUGUAAACAAAAUGCCCAAAAAUAUCAGUAGCCCUGAAAUUAAGAUAAAUUAGACCGUAACAUUUUAAAUAAUUGUAAAUGUAACAGAAAAUCUGACCAUAAGGACACAUUAAAUGCAUGAUUGAAUUAUACAUUUACAGGUCCAGUAGAAAUGACAAAGGAAAGUUCCCACUUUCCAGUGUGCAACACAUUUAAAAUUCAAUUUAUUCAGUUUCUUCUUUAGCUUUUAAGACAGUGUGGCCUUCAUGAGCAGAUAAGACAGUCCGAGAGAGAGCUGCGACCUUUCACUGUGGAAGCCCUUCAAAGUUAGGCUCUGUACAGGCUGGUAGAGCAAUUUGUCUGUUCAACAGUUUGUCAAUGAUGCCAAUUUCAGCAUCCCGCUUUUCAACUUCCUCUUGUGGUGUCCAAGACAUAUCAUGUUGGAGUUUGUAUCCACCAAGGAACUUGUGAGGACAACUAGGACCCCAUUCCUGUAAGAGAUUGAAACCAUAUCAUAUCAUAAACUGUGCUUUAUAUUCGCACAAUUAUAUGUUUUCUGGUGACUUUUACUAUAAGAGUUUAUAUUGCAAUUGCACAUAAUAAAUAAAGCAAUAAUAAAGUAAA